UAUUGUAAAACACGAAGUAUCGAAUAGAAUACAAAAUAUUUUGUGAUUAUAUUUUAGAAUACACUAACAUGACUAUUAGUUACAAGUUACAGCAUUAAAAUACACAUUAUUGAAUGAAUUAACGUGAAUAUAUAUAUAUCUUAAAGAACAAUAAAUAAUAGUGUAUCUAUCGAUCGGCAACCGGUUAAGUUCUAUUCAGUGGAAUAUCGAUUCGCGCAAAGAAACGAUCAUGAUUCCUAACGAAAUUUUCGCUGAGGAUUUAAUGAGUACAGUGAUUCGAUAUGGCUUGUACAUCGGUGCGGCGUUUCAAGUAGUGUGUUUGCUGGCUUGUGUUACUUUAACAGACGAGCAUAGCGAGCCACAUCCAUACGAAAAGACAUACACUGAUAGUGAUGAGUGCAGCUCUGAACAGUCAUCACCAGGUCACCGAGCAACUAUGUCGCGUACUCGUCGCCACGAUAAGAAGAAAAGACGUUAGCUGAGAUGGAGAACAUGGAGAUGAGAACAUAACUAAUACUCACAACAUUUCAGAAAACAGAUCUUAUGUAUAUAAAUUUUUAGGUCUAGUUUCAAAUGUCAUUGCUUAUACAUAAAAUAAUGUAUGGUU